GCCCACUUAGCUGGGCUCUCCCGUAUAUUUCCGAAAUCCAUCUCGCGUGUCGCUUCUCGCUUCCCACAAUAUACUGUCUCGUCUUCCUCCUCGGCGCGCCGCCCCCUCCCCUGCAAUUCUCUCUUCUUUCCCGUAGCUUCCUACCAUCUCCCUGCGCGGUUCAAUCGAUCGCGUGGUAGUGCAGCGGCUGCCGAGGAGAGGGAGAGAUGGCAGGGACAGGGAAGCGGAAGCGAGAGUCCCCCUCCGACGCUCCCGGAUCGUCGUGGCCGCCUCCCGGAUCCUCUUGGCCACGUCCACCGUUGAGGGGGGCUGGAAACUACGAGGAUGACUCCUCCCUCAGCGACUACACCGAAGACUCCCGCAGCGACAGGUCGUACCUGUCUGACUCUGAAGACGAGCUCUACUUGUCAUACCCCGUCGCCGACUAUGCCGGCGGCGGAGACUCCAAAGAGGAGAGCGAGAUUGCAGACUUAUUUGAUUUCUUCUUGAGCAACCCUCCUGCCGAGGCGAAGGUGCAGCCACCACCGCCGCCCGCCGAUCAUCCCGCAGCGGCGGAGGUGGCCGAUCGGUCCGUCGCAGAGGCGGCGCCCUCACCGGAGAUGGUGGUGCCGGCCGCUGAAUCCGUCUCGUGCUUCGGUUGCGGGCGCGAGCCGGUACUGCGCCUGGUGCCGGUGGAGCACGUCUGCUUCUGCCAGCCCUGCCGUUCCAACCCGUCCCGCUGGUCAUACUGCGCGUUUUGCGACGGCCCCCUCCAUUGAGAACUCCGGUGAAGAAGAUUUUUAGAUUCACGGGUGAAGAAGAUUCAAGGGACGCAGCACUGGUCAUCCAUCCAUAUGAAGUGAGGAGUUGGUUUGGUGUUAAACAAUGAUUUG